GCCUGUUACUAGGAGACCGCAAACAAUGGCCGCGGUAAAGACUGGAGCCAGCAGGUAGACCAGUCAGUGCAGCAGCCGGGCUCGGCGGACGUAGGAGCGGAGGACGUCACGGAAGACAUACUCCAUCCAGUGUAUGGUGCCGGCGGUCCUGCAUUAAUUCGCCAUGACUACUGAGGUGCAGAUUGGACCUUGGAAACCCCACAGGCCACGGGGGCCAAUUGCGGCUUUAUACAGCAGUCCAGGCCCCAAGUAUGCCCUACCAGGAAACACAGGAUAUGUACAGCACGAUCCUUGUAAAUAUAGAGCACCUGCCUUCAGCUUUGGUAGUCGUCGAUUCAAGUUUUUGGAUGAUUGCUCUCCAGGGCCCGGGUACUUGGUGCCAGCUAACAUCACCAUGAGGGGAAAAGAUGGCACCCCUGCAUAUUCUGUUUAUGGCAGACCAAGGGAUCUAAAUACCUUCAGGACUCCAGGACCAGGUAGCUACUCUCCUGAGCGUGCUGGCAAGUCUGCCUAUCUAUCAGCUCCAAUUUAUUCAUUAGGGGCAAGAACCAAGAUAUUCACCAAUGACCAAACUCCAGGUCCAGCAGCAUACUUGCUUCCAUCAGUGCUGGGACCAAGAAUUGUUAAUAGAUCAGCAGCACCAAACUACUCGAUGACUGGAAGGAGCAAAAUUGGAAGCUUCCACGAAGAUCUGCAAAAAACACCGGGUCCUGGAACAUACCGUGUUGUUGAUCCGAUAACAUACAAAUACAAACCUCCUCAGUACAGCAUGACGGCCAGAAACUCUGUACCUGGAGAUACCACACAAAAGCCAGGACCAGGGGCCUACAGCCCUGAAAAGGUUGUGAUGUCCCGGCCUCAAGCACCAAACUUUUCUUUUGGAAUCCGACACUCUGAAUAUGUCGCCCCCUUGAUUGUGGAAGUACUAGAUUAACAAACAGAUGAAUUGCAGACCAGCAAGGACAGUGGAAGGCUAUAAAAACAAUACAUUACCUGGUUCACUUCAGACUUUAAGAGACUAUAGAAAUACCUGUGUUUAUAUUGAAAAGGCAUAAAAACUGGUGUUGGGCCCCCUGGAAUGGAAUAGGCUAAACAUGAAAAUAAUGGCUACAGCAGAAACACUCAAUUGCUGUUCAAACGCUUAAAAUCGCUAAUUAAAAAAGUGCCCUGUACAUUAGAAUGUCGUCAAAGGAUCCCAUCCACUUUAAUAGGAUCCACCGACAAUCUAAUAUGCAUGGGGCCGCCGUGGAUUUUAUCCUGGUCUGAACCUUUGUGUCUCCUGGAGGUAACUGGUGUCUGGCAGCCAGUUACUCCCCCCCGCCCCGCCAAUCUGAUAAUGAUUUUACAACAAUUUUAUGCCACUGCACAACCCCUUUAAAAGUACCAUGCAUACUUGGCCAAGCAGAAUGUGGAUGUGUACAGGGAAGCUAAAAGAGGGUACCGAUUCUCCCUAAAGAGACCUGGCAGUGUAUGGAGACUUAUUACAGGCAGUGCUUCGUGGGAAAAGAAAGGCAAAUUCCAGUAGCCAUGUCAGCCAAGCCAGAGACUACUCCGGCCAGGGUUCUCCGUACAGGGCAGUACUACUCUCCUGGGCGAGAUGUAUGGCGGGAUACCAGUUGUACAGUCUGAAUAGGUCAGACUUCAAGUGCUUUAUCACAAGAUUGUGCACAAUCUCUGUCCUGACUUGAACUUUCCUACAGAGGGCAAGAACAAAGCAAUCCUUUUUAGGUUAAACCAAGAAUCGACCUUAUCAUCUGACAGCGGAAAGAGAAUGGGUAUUACCACUUUCCUAACAGUAUUAUAUUUUCUAUUGUCCCUUUAAAACUCUAUGGUAUAAGAUGAGGCAGCCCUAUGUAACAGUUUUAUUGGUUGAUGCCAGAAAAAUGCCUUUAAAGAGGUUUUCAUAUUGAUGGCCUAUCCUCAUGACAGGUCAUCAAUAUCCGAUUUGUGAUGGUCUGACUGCCGGGACCCCGUCUAUCAGCUGUAUGAAGAGAAGGUAGUGCUCAUCAGAGCUCUGGUGAAUGCGGUGGCCUCCUCACAGCACGGUACAUUGUAUUGCAGCUCAGGCCCAUUCACUUGAAUGGGACCAAGCUGCACCUAGGGUAGGCCAUGUGACCGAUGAACAUGUAGGAGGAGGCCUAAGCGCUCACAGAGAGAUGCAGUCUCUUCA